AUGACGGACGAGACGACCGAUGUUUCUACGGUCAAAACUGCUUGCGUUGUGGUACGCUAUUUUGAUCAAGAAGCUCAAAAGAUAUGUAGCGCAUUUUGGGAGCUGUACAAAGUUUUUAAGGAAACACCUGAUGCUGUUGAUAUUCCUACUGCCAAUGCCGAGAAUUUAUACAGAGCUCUUAUUGAUUCAUUUACUAACCGUAAUGUUCCAUUAACAAAUGUGAUCGGCUUUGGCUCAGAUGGGUGUAAUGUCAUGAUGGGUGAUAACGACUCAGUGAAAACAAGGUUAUUACGCGAUUUUCCAGGAAUCAUAAUCACGAAGUGCGUUUGUCAUUCGGCCCAUUUGUGUGCCAGUGAAGCCUGUAAACAGCUGCCUGAAGGUGUAGAACAACUGGCUAGAGAUAUCUACAACUUUUUUUAA